UCGGGGGGGGGUCCGGCCCCCCCAGGAGGGCGAGCGGGGGCGGCGGUCGAGGGAGAUUCGGGCGCCCCCCCCCGGACAGACAGACGGACAUGGGGCGUUUUCUCUUCUACCGGCAGUUUCUCACCCCCCCCCUGCAAAAUGCGGGGCGCUGACGCCUGAGCCCCCCUCACUGCGCCCCCCGCGCGUCUCGCCGCUGCCCGGGCUCCCCGGAUUGCGGACUUGGGGGGCCCCGGACGGGCAGCGGGGGCCCCACCCCGAGCCGGGGGGGCCGCGAGGCAGCCAGAGCGGGGGGGCCCCGCGCCGAUCACAGAUUCCGUGGCAGCCGGGGCCGCGGCGACGUUCCCCAUGAGGAGGGUGGAAGAUGCCGACGUCGCCCGCGCUGCUGCUGCUGCUGAUCGUCAGCUUCGCCCGCGUGAGCCUGCAGGUGCUGUCGUCACUGCGCAUGGCUGCGAUCCUGGACGAUCAGACGGUGUGUGGGCGCGGGGAGCGGCUGGCUCUGGCCCUGGCCCGGGAGCACAUCAACGGCAUCAUCGAGGUGCCAGCGAAGGCCCGCGUGGAGGUCGAGAUCUUCGAACUGCAGCGCGACAGCCAGUACGAGACCACUGACACCAUGUGCCAGAUCCUGCCCAAAGGGGUGGUGUCGGUUCUGGGUCCUGCAUCGAGUCCAGCCUCGGCCGCCACCGUCAGCCACAUCUGUGGGGAGAAGGAGGGGUCACCAUGGGGCAGGGUGGAAGGGGGUCCAGAGGGGGGCGCCGUGCUGCAGGGGCUGACCCUGCUCGUCCCGCCCCCUCCAGGUCUGCUGCGAUUGGAGGAGCUCGUGCGCCAGUUCCUCAUCUCCAAGGAGACGCUGUCGAUCCGGAUGCUGGACGACGCCCACGACCCGACGCCGCUGCUGAAGGAGAUUCGGGACGACAAGAUCUCAACUAUCAUCGUGGACGCCAACGCCUCCCUCUCCUACCUCGUCCUCAAGAAGGCCUCGGAGCUGGGCAUGACCUCGGCCUUCUACAAAUACAUCCUGACCACCAUGGUGAGCCGGGGCGCGGCCGGGGGCCCCGCGCUGCAGGGGGGCUGGCUCACAUGCCUCUCCGCAGUCAGCCCAUGGCCCCUUCCUGCUCCCACCCAGCCUGUGCCCUCUCCGCAGAUCGGCGUGUGGCACUCGAACAGGACGCUGGCCAUGAACACCACCACGCUGGCCAUGGACGUCUCCGAGAGCCUGGCGAACAAGACCCUGAUUGUCACCACCAUCCUGGUGAGCCCGGCACGGGGGGGGGUCGGGGGCAGCGGGAGGAUCAGGAGCAGUGGGGAGUUGGGGGGCCCCUCUCACCCCCGGCUCUCUCUGCAGAAGGCCGACCUGGCCGUAGCCGCCUUCACCAUCACGGCGGAGCGGGAGAAAGUGAUCGACUUCUCCAAACCCUUCAUGACGCUGGGGAUCAGCAUCCUCUACCGGGUUCACAUGGGUCGCAAGCCCGGCUACUUCUCCUUCCUGGAUCCCUUCUCGCCGGCUGUCUGGCUGUUCAUGCUCCUGGCCUACCUGGCCGUCAGCUGCGUCCUCUUCCUGGCUGCCCGGCUGAGCCCGUACGAGUGGUACAACCCCCACCCCUGCCUGCGGGGGCGCCCCCACGUCCUGGAGAACCAGUACAGCCUUGGCAACAGCCUCUGGUUCCCCAUCGGCGGCUUCAUGCAGCAAGGCUCCGAGGUGCUGCCCCGGGCCCUGUCCACGCGCUGCGUCAGCGGGGUCUGGUGGGCCUUCACGCUGAUCAUCAUCUCGUCCUACACGGCCAACCUGGCGGCCUUCCUGACGGUGCAGCGCAUGGAGGUGCCGGUCGAGUCCGCCGACGACCUGGCCGACCAGACCAACAUCGAGUACGGCACCAUCCACGCCGGCUCCACCAUGACCUUCUUCCAGAACUCGCGGUACCAGACCUACCAGCGGAUGUGGAAUUACAUGCACUCCAAGCAGCCCAGCGUCUUCGUGAAGAGCACGGAGGAGGGAAUCGCCCGGGUGCUGAAUUCCAGAUACGCCUUCCUGCUGGAGUCCACCAUGAACGAGUACCACCGGCGUCGUAACUGCAACCUCACCCAGAUCGGGGGGCUGCUGGACACCAAAGGCUACGGCAUCGGCCUGCCCCUGGGCUCCCCGUUCCGGGACGAGAUCACACUGGCCAUCCUACAGCUGCAGGAGAACAACCGGCUCGAGAUCCUGAAGCGCAAGUGGUGGGAAGGGGGCAAGUGCCCCAAGGAGCAGGAUCAUCGGGCCAAAGGCCUGGGCAUGGAGAACAUCGGCGGCAUUUUUGUGGUUCUCAUCUGCGGACUCGUCGUUGCCGUCUUUGUGGCCGUCAUGGAAUUCGUCUGGGCCACGCGCCGCUCGGCGGAGACCGAGGAGCUCUCGGUGUGCCAGGAGAUGCUGCGGGAGCUGCGCCAGGCCGUGUCGUGCCGGAAGCCCACGCGGUCUCGGCGGCGCCGGCGGCCCCCAGCCCGGGCGGGCCUGGCCCUGCGCGCCGUGCGCGAGAUGCGGUUCAGCAACGGGAAGUUGUACACGGCGCCCCUGGCGGCCGAACCCGCCCCCCAGCGCCUCCUGGAGGAGCCCGCCCGGCCCUGCACCCACAUCCGCAUCUGUCACGAGUGCCGGCGCAUCCAGACUCUGCGGGGGGGGGCCCCCACCGCCCGCCGGCCCCGCCCCUGAGGAGGGCACCCCACGGCCGGGGGGGCCCCGGGACCUGACUGAGCAGGAAUGACCCCCCCCGCGGCCUUCGCCCCUUAGACAUGUACGCUGUGCGUAUGCCAGGACUCCGGGGCCGGGACCCUGGGGCAUCGUCCCCACCGGCGGCAGCACCCGGGGGCGGGGAGCAGAGCUCUCAGGGCCAGCUGAGAUUGACCCCCCCCUUGUGCCUCCAGCCCCUACAACCGUGCAGCCCCCCGCGCCCCCACCUGCCCGGAACCGGGGAGGCGCCGGGGCUGGGGUCAGGUGCUUUCGGAAACGUGCCAGCGACGGACCAGGACAGACCCCUCCCACGAAAGAGGGGGCCAGAGCCAGGGCUGCGGGAUCCCGGGGGGGGCAGGAACUCAGGGUGUCCCAGCCGCCGAGCCGAGGGGAACCGGCCCCUGGACCCGCGUGGGGGGAGCCGCCCACAGCCCGGCCGGAGCACCAAGCGGGACGGCUGCGAGGGGGGGUCUGGGCCCCCCGGCUCCGUUUCUUUUCCUUUUGUUUCCGUCUUUUUGUUCUUUUUGGAGAAAUUUCUAUAGAACCAAAACGGGAGAAUCCGAGCGAGGCCGAGGGAAUAAAACCGACCGGAGACUUUUA